AACAGGACAACAAAAUGUCCAGCUCGACGAGGUUACCUUUGCGUAAUGCUAGUGGGCUUCUUGUUCUCACGUUAGAUCCAAAGUGGAUAGCUGAAAUCCCCGACCAUCCUGUCUCUCUUGGUGAUCUUUACGUUGUCUCUUAUCCGAAAUCUGGCACAACAUGGACACAACAGAUUGUUUCACUCAUUCAAAGGGGAGGAGAAAAAGAUACUCAUAUUACUGCUGAUAUACCAUGGCUGGAACUUAAAGGGAAAGACUUUGUGCUUGCUCUGUCAUCUCCUCGUACCCUAAAGAGUCAUUUACCAUAUCACAUGAUGCCUGGAAGAGAUCCUGCUAAUUCCAUAGCCAAGUAUAUCUACAUUGCUCGUAAUCCUAAAGAUGUGGCCGUGUCCUAUUACUAUCAUGCAAAACGCUUUACUCAUUUUGAUUUUACUGGUGACUGGAAUUGCUUCUUUGAGUUCUUUAUGAAAGGAGAAGUUCCAUUUGGGCUAUGGUUUGAUCAUGUUCUUGAAUGGUGGAAAUAUAAAGAUGCUGAGAAUAUUUUGUUCUUAAUGUAUGAAGAUUUAAAGAAAGACCUGUCUGGAUCAGUGAAAGCUAUAGCACAAUUCAUGGGAUAUAGUCUUGAUGAUGCAAUGAUUGAGAAGAUUACUAGACAGUGUACAUUCGAUAGCAUGAAAGAUAACCCACUAGCUACUUAUGACAGUCUACCUGAGGCGCCAGAGGUUACCGUGAGUAAUUCUACACCUUUUAUACGUAAAGGAGUGAUUGGCGAUUGGAAGAAUCACUUCAGUGAUGAGCAGUCUGCAAGGUUUGAUGCUGAAUACACUAAAAGGUUGUCAGGAAGUGGCUUAGUUUUUGAAUUUGAAUAAGACCUUUUUAUUUCUAAUUGAAUUAACAUUUAAUUUUAUAUUUUGAUGCUGCUAUUGCACCAUGAUUUUUACAUAAAUAUGUGUAUUUUUUUAUAUGUCAUAUCA